GACACGCGUUAUCCACUCCGUUAAGGAAUAACAAAGCUUACCGUUGCAGUAAGUUUCAUCAUUUCCUUUAUCCUUUAGCGGAGAGAAAAGGAGGAAUUGAGAAGAGAAAGAGGAGAAAGCAACAAUAAUGGGGCUUCUUUCGAACAGAGUCGAUAGGAACGCUUUGAAACCUGGAGAUCAUAUCUACUCAUGGAGAACUGCGUACAUUUAUGCUCAUCACGGUAUCUAUAUCGGUAACAACAAAGUUGUCCACUUCACCCGACGAGGUCAAGAAGUAGGAACCGGAACCGUUUUAGACAUCCUCCUCAUAAGCUCCGGGCCGACCCGAACCCAUAUUCCCUGCCCGACAUGCAUCCCCCAAGAAGAAAGUCACGGAGUGGUAUCCUCAUGCCUAGAUUGUUUCCUCUCGGGCGGUAUCCUCUACCGUUUCCAAUACUCGGCCAGCCCGGUUCUCUUCCUAGCGAAAGCCCGGGGCGGUACAUGCACCCUAGCGGUUUCGGACCCGGAUGACGUAGUCACUCAUCGGGCCAAAUACCUAAGUGAAAAUGGGUUCGGUUGCUAUAACUUGUUCAAGAAUAAUUGCGAGGAUUUCGCGAUAUAUUGCAAGACCGGAUUGUUGGUUGUGGAUAAGAGUACAAUGGGGCAGAGUGGACAGGCUGUUAGCAUUAUUGGUGGGCCCUUGGCGGCAGUUAUGUCUACGCCGUUAAGGUUGUUGACGACGAAUAUUUAUGGGAUGGCAGCGACAGCUGUUGGGGUUUAUUGUGCUAGUAGAUAUGCAGCGGAUAUUGGGAUGAGAAGGGAUGUGGUUAAAGUGGCGGUUGAGGAUUUGACUAGGAGAUUGGCUACGGGUACAUUGAAUGUUGCUGAUAGUAUUCAGCAGCCGAUUAUGAUGAAUUUGGCACAGCUGAGUUGAAAAUGGUUUUUUUUAUAGAAGUGAAACAAACAGAACUAUGGUGUAUUUGCUUGGAAUGUUGUUUUUGUGUGUCAUCUGAUAUGUAAAAACUUGUUUAAAUGUUUCCCUUGGAAACAAAUAUGUAUGCUUAAUGCUAAUGUACCUGGUUUUUAUUUUGUGGGGGGUUGGGAUGACCCUCUUUUAGGAAAUUGUGGCUAUUUCCUUUUGUCGUUUUGCC